AUGGCUGCAUCUAGUAUGUUCUCGAGCAUCGAGAAGUUAAAGGAGCACAAUUAUGAUUUGUGGAAGAUACAGAUGAGAAGCAUAUUAACGUAUAACGACUUAUGGCAAUACGUCGACGGUAGUGAAGUAAAACCUGUUGAAAACCCUCAAGAAUGGUUAAGAAAGGACGGAAAGGCUUUGGCGUUGAUAAAUUUAAGUGUUAUGCAUGGUCAGCUUCUUCACAUAAAAAAAACGAAUACAUCAAAGGAAGCAUGGGACAAGUUGAAAAUUGUCUUUGAAUCUCGUGGGCCAGUGAGGAAGGCGACUCUCUGCAAAGAACUUCUACGAAUGGAAAGAAAACCAGGUACGACUAUUGUUCAAUAUUUAAACGAGUUUUCUGAAAAAGCAGAUCAAGUCAGGGAAGCCGGUAUUCAAAUUUCGGACGAAUUAUUGUCCAUAAUGCUGCUGAUUUCGUUACCGAGGGAAUUUGAAAACUUCAGCAUCGCAAUUGAAUCGCGGGACGAUAUACCUACAUUGGAUAAUCUUAUGGCGAAGAUAAAGGAAGAAGAGGCUAGACAGAAUGAACGCGAUGUGAAGUCAGGUGAGAGAGAAAACAAAAGUGAUGCGUUACAUGUAAAGGACAAUUUCGAUCGGAAAAAAUAUACACGAGCGUACGCGAAAGACUAUAAAGCGAAGCCGCGAAAGUUUAAUGGUAAGUGUUUCAGUUGCGGGCGAUACGGACAUAAAACUAUAGAAUGUAGAUCAAAAUCAAUCGAGAAACGUGAAAAUUCGUAUUAUUUAAGCGAAGCGAUGACUGCGAUUGCGUACAAUACGGAACCGGUUAAAAGGUCGAGUGUAUGGUGCCUAGAUAGUGGCGCGACAAGGCAUAUGUGUAACGAGCGAAAUAAAUUCGAGACUGUAAACAAUGAUGAGCAAUACAAGGUGUAUACAGCCGCCGAUCAAUGGGUAGAAUCAACCGGUAUAGGUAAUGUAAAUUUAAAUGCGAAAACAGGUAGAUACUCGCCAAAAUCUAUUAAGUUAGAGGACACGUUGUAUGUACCGAGUUUACGGAAUAACCUUUUGUCAGUUUCUCGUGCCACAGAUCGCGGCUAUACAGUGACGUUCGAAAAAGAUCGCGCGACGGUUAGAAAUAAAAAUAAUGUAAAGGUGUUGACAGCCAUAAAGCGUGAUCAGUUAUAUAUCGUAGACGAAAAAAAUGAACGUGCGAUGCAAACAAGCUCUGAUAUUAAUGAAAAAUUAAUAAGAUGGCAUGAAAGAUACGGACAUAUUAAUUUUAACGAUCUGAAAAAUAUGAAAGAUGGCAAAAUGGUCGAUGGUAUGAAUUUUGCGACACUAUCUACUAAUUUAAAUUGUGAAAUUUGCGCGAAAUGUAAAAUUCAUGUACUACCGUUUAAAAGAUCCGAAAAUCGCGAGAAAGGGCCACUCGAUUUAGUUCACUCAGACAUUUGCGGGCCUAUGAAAUGCGAAUCUCUCGGGGGCGCGAGAUAUUUUUUAACGUUCAUUGAUGACUAUUCGCGAUAUACUCAAACAGUAGUGCUUAGGAACCGAUCGGACAUACUCCAAGCGUUUAAAGAUUUUAAAAGAAAAGCUGAAAGACUAACGGGUCGUAAAAUCAAGAAAAUUCGCACGGAUAAUGCGAAAGAGUAUCUUUCAAAGGAUUUUAAAAACUUUCUUAAAGAAGAGGGAAUCGUCCAUCAAUUAAGUGUCGAGUACACGCCACAGCAAAACGGCGUGGCGGAACGCGCUAACCGCACGCUAGUGGAGAUGGCGAGGUGUAUUAUGACACAAGCUAGUUUACCUGACUCUCUGUGGGCCGAAGCCAUUAAUACAGCGACAUAUUUAAGGAAUAGAAGUGCAACAAAGGCGCUUGAUGGAAUAACUCCAUAUGAGGCAUGGACACGACGGAAACCGUACGUAGGGUUUUUACGAAUUAUUGGAAGCAAAGCAAUUGCAUUAUAUAAGGGACCAAAUAGGGGUAAAUUUCAGCCAAAGGGCGAUGAGUACAUAUUAGUAGGAUACUCAGAAGAGUCAAAGGCAUACCGUUUGUGGCAAAGAGGUAAAAGACAGCAAAACGAAUUAUUUAUUAUUCCCGAUCCUACUAUCGAGGAACGAGAUGAUAAGAAUCCUGAGUCGCCAGAAAAAGAUGAUGAAAACCUAGAAUCUAACCAACCAUUGGAUGAUGGUAAGAUGGAUGAAACACAGAAUCGUGUGGCAAAACAUGGGCCAGGUCGCCCAAAGAUUGAGAGAACGGGCCAAACAGGAAGACCUAGAAAAAUAUAUCAACAAAGCAACGUUGAAGAUUUCGACCCGAUAUUUGUGUCAGACGUUUUAAGUCGACCAACAGAUAAAAAAGUCUUGACGAGCAGAUGGGUUUUUAAAAAGAAAAUGACUCCAGAAGGGGAAAUUGAAAAAUACAAGGCCAGACUUGUUGCGCGUGGACACACACAAAAAUUUGGUAUUGAUUAUACUGAAGUAUUUGCUCCGGUGGCUAGGUAUGAGACUAUUCGCACCCUACUCGCUGCAUCUGUGCAAGAGGAAAUGCACGUUCAUCAAAUGGAUGUUGUGGCAGCAUAUAUACAGGGCGAACUAAUUGAAGAAGUAUAUAUGGAGCAGCCGGAAUUGUUUGUUAGUCAAGGACGUGAAGAGAAAGUGUGUAAAUUAUUAAGACCAUUAUAUGGUUUGAAACAAUCCGGGCGCCAGUGGUAUAAAAAGUUAGAUAAUUUUAUAUUAAGUAGUGGAGGGCCGUCCGGGCAAUAUGGCGCGAGCAAAAACUUAAAAAACAGCGGCCUCUUUCCGUCGACUUUCAACGUCGCCGCGAAGGCAGACGUUUACGCAAACGCGACUUGCGGCGAGGAGGGACCGGAGACAUUUUGCAAACCCUCCGAGUCAUCAAGAUGCGCGGUUUGUGACGCAAGGAGUCCCGAUCCUGGCAAAAGGCAUAACAUUAGCAACAUCUUGGACACGAAUCCUAGCAGGUGGUGGCAGAGUCCCACGCUAGCCAGAGGAGAACACUACGAGUACAUAACUAUAGUUCUGGACCUCAAACAAGUGUAUCAAGUGGAAUACGUGAUAGUGAAAGCAGCGAAUUCCCCGCGACCAGCAGCUUGGAUUUUGGAGAGAUCCCUCGACGGGGAAAAUUAUCAGCCGUGGCAGUAUUACGCGCCGAGCGACGAGGAAUGUUGGUCGCGAUACUCCGCGCCGCCAGUUUCCGGAAAACCCGUUUACAUCGGCGACGACGAAGUCAUAUGCACCAGCCUCUAUUCCAGACAAACGCCUAUGGAAAACGGAGAGAUCCAUACUCACCUGGUGAACGGCAGACCUGGUGCCCUGAAUCACAGCACGACCCUUCAAGAAUUCACUAAGGCUAAAUACGUACGACUACGGCUUCAGGGUCUUCGACGAAGCGGAGAGGCGAUCGUGGAUAAAAAACGAGCCUUCUACUCGAUAAAAGAAAUUAAUAUCGGUGGAAGGUGUUUGUGUUCCGGACACGCGGCUCGGUGUCGCUACAGCGUUCAACACGGACAUCAAGAAUGCGAAUGCGAGCGCCACACGUGCGGCGAAAGAUGCGAAAAAUGCUGUCCCAUGUACAAUCAGAUUCCGUGGAAACCUGGCACAGCUGCGAAGGGCUUUCACUGUGAGAAAUGCAACUGCAAUGGACAUGCAACCUCAUGCAGAUAUGAUCGGGAAGUGGCCGAUGGAAGAAUGUCCAUGGACAUUCGUGGGAAAUUUCGCGGCGGCGGUGUCUGCAUUAAUUGCACAGAGCACACGGAUGGAAUUAAUUGCGAGAAAUGUCAAGAUGGAUAUUACAGACCGAACGGCCUCACCCCCGAUGCACCCGAGCCUUGCUUGCCGUGCAAUUGUAACGUGCACGGUAGCACCGGUUACUGCACUCCUGAUGACUCCUUCACGCACCUGGGAAAGGUAGCAGGUGCUUGCGAUUGCAAACCCGCCUAUUCCGGAUACAAAUGCGACCAAUGCGCCGCUGGAUAUCGUCAGUUCCCGGAUUGCAUGCCCUGUCCGUGCGAUUCCCGUGGGAUUCUCCCGUCCUACGACUGCGAGGGAGACUGUCUUUGCAAGGCGAACGUUGCCGGCGAAUUCUGCGACAAAUGCAAACCUGGACAUUUCGCGCUAACGAAGGAGAAUCUCGACGGAUGCUUUCCGUGCUUCUGCUUUGGUGUCAGCGACCGUUGCAGCGUAGCCAGCCUCUCUUAUUCCUCGAUAUCGUCUUUGGAAAAUUGGCUAGUGACCGACAUGAACGCGUCGAACGCCAUUGUCCCCGUUUUGGACACGGAUAAUGGUUGUCUGACUGUGGCAACCUUCGAGGUCAAAUACGAUAGCCUCUUCUGGUUGGCUCCGUCGAUUUAUUGCGGCAAUCGUCUCUCGUCUUACGACAGCAAUAUUACUUAUUCCGUCACCUGGGACUUUAUGCGCGGCGACAACAGCGGCGAACCAACCACGGGACCCAAUCUUAUUCUAGUUGGUAAUAAUGGCAUGCGAAUAGCUCACGGCGAGGAACAAUAUAAUGGCAAGGAAGCAGAGAUUACCGUUCCUCUACGCGAAAACGGCUGGUAUCACGUACGCGGGGAGGUUCAAGAUAUUUCUACCAGAUCAAGGAGAACCGAAUUUCGCGGAGAUCCUGUUACGAGGGUGCAAAUGCUGCAGAUCCUUGCGGAUUUGAAGUUCCUCAUGAUAAGGGCGCAGUAUCAUUCUGUGCAGAACGAAGGAAGUCUGCAGUCCGCGGUGUUGUCUGUUGGAGAAGUGACGGCUAGCGGCGAGAACAGCGGUUUAGUCGAAUUAUGUGAGUGUCCCGAUGGAUACGCAGGACUCUCCUGCGAGGAUUGUGCGUGGGGAUACGUGAAAGUAUUCAAGAAUGGGACGGAUCUUCAAGAUCAUCCCAUGUGCGUGAAAUGCGAUUGCAAUGGACACGCGAGUACUUGCGAUCUCGUGUUGGGGGAAUGCACGACUUGCGAGCACGAUACUGUGGGGCCUAAGUGCGAUCGUUGCGGCCCCGGAUUUUAUGGCAUCGCCCUUAAGGGCACGCAGAACGAUUGCAAGAGAUGCUCCUGUCCGCUUUUAAUCGAAUCAAACAACUUCAGUCCAAAUUGUCAGCUCGACGAUCCUACCGACGUCGACAGCGGAUACGUUUGCACGCAGUGCCCUAAUGGAUACACCGGCGACCAUUGUGAAAGUUGCGAUGUAGGAUUUUUCGGGAAUCCUUUGAUUCCUGGUGACACUUGCGAGCCGUGCCUUUGCGGCGGAGGUCCUUGCGAUCAGGAAACAGGACGAUGCUUAGAGUGUCAUGGUAAUACAGAAGGCUGGAAAUGCGAAAAGUGCAAGCAAGCUCAUUACGGAAACCCGCUCGAACAGAACUGCUUGCGUUGCAGCUGCGACCCCUUCGGCAGCAGUUCGGUCGAAUGCGACUCGAAGAGCGGUCAGUGUCCCUGCAAGCCUUUGUUCGAAGGUCGUGACUGCUCCUCCUGUAUCGAAGGUUACGGGAACGUGACUGCAGGUUGCCGGGAAUGCGACUGCGACGUGGGUGCCCUCGACGAGGUCUGCAAUCCCGUAACCGGUGAAUGCAGGUGCGCGGACGGCGUCCUUGGCUUCCGGUGCGAUCGCUGCGACGUCGACCAUUACGGGCUGUCCGUGGGAGGCUGCAAAGGAUGUCGAUGCAACCAUAUUGGUUCCAUAAAUACUGCUUGCGACAUCGUGACAGGGCAGUGUCAAUGUAAACCACGCGUGACAGGCAGACAAUGCGACCAGUGUCCGACUGGCUUCUGGGGUUUGAUGACAGGAGCAGGAUGUGCUCCUUGCGAAUGCGACCCAAUAGGAUCGUACAACUCUUCCUGCCACGAGAGUACAGGACAAUGCUACUGCAAACGGGGAGUCGGUGGCAAACAUUGCGAAACCUGUUUGCCCGGAUAUUAUGGAUUUUCAUCAAACGGAUGCCAGGUGUGUGAUCCAUGCAUACGACCAGGUCACAUUUGUGACCCGGACACUGGUCGUUGCGUGUGCCCGAUCAUGACGUUCGGUGAACACUGCGACAGAUGCAGACCAGGUUCCUGGGACCUGGUGCCUGGGAUUGGUUGCAGAGCCUGCGAUUGCACCCUGGGCUCCACGAGGCCCCAGUGUGACCACCAGGGCCAGUGCCCUUGCAGAAUAGGCUACGAUGGUCUCAGAUGCGAGAAAUGUGCAAAAGGUUACUACGGUUAUCCUAGGUGUCGUCCUUGCAGCUGCAACCUAGCAGGCACCUUUCAAUGUGGCGAGGAAGUCUGCGACUGCAACGACGAAGGACAGUGUCCUUGCAAGGAGCACGUAUUUGGAAGACAGUGUAACCAAUGCAAAGAAGGUACCUUUGGCCUGGCUGUGGACAAUCCGAAAGGCUGCACCGAAUGCUUCUGUUUUGGCAGAACAACUUCCUGUCAGCAGGCAGAUCUUAGCUGGGGGCAACGUAGACUGACGCGACCUCGAACUCUUUAUGUCAACGAUACCAGCAACGACAUAAUAGUUUCCAAGUUCAGGUCUCAAAUUUUUUUAUCCCCCAUAAACGGUGGUUUGAACGCAACCAAUGGGCUCACGACGAUUCCUGAGAUCGAAGGUGACGUGACAAUACCGUCCAACUUAUAUUACAAUUAUCCACUUUACUGGAUGCUGCCCGAAACCUUCCUGGGCGACAAGGUCGUUUCCUACGGAGGAUUUUUAAGAUUUACAACUUUGACAGAAGGUGGAAUACCUCUAAGAUCGACACUCCAAUACCCAAUCGUGCAGCUCCAGGGGAACCAGAAGAUCGUCCUGGAAUAUUAUUUGCCUUUACCUGUGAAUAACAAUCGUUAUGAGAUCAGGUUCCACGAGUCGUUGUGGCAAUUGCAAAACAGGCCCGAUUACAAAGUCACGAGAGAAGUGCUCAUGGUCGCGUUGCAAAACUUGCAGUACAUUCUCGUUAGGGCUUCCGAUAAUGCUGAAUUCACGAAAACAACGUACGUGGAACUUCCCUAUUUGGUGGAAGCUUCUGUAGACGCGGCGGUUCUGACACCCACGCAUACGCCGUCUUUCGCGACGGGCAUCGAGAUUUGCAAAUGUCCACCGGAAUACAACAGCACGUCUUGUCAAGAUCCAAGCAUAGGGUACUAUAGGUGGUACAAAAACACGACUGUUACAUCGACGAUCGUUAUCGAUCUUAUCGGACAAGCCAGACGUUGUCAGUGCAGCGGAAGAUCCGAGGUCUGCGAUAGGGAAACGGGACACUGUUUGAACUGCAGCGGAAACAGCGCUGGACCCAAAUGCGACGUCUGCGCAGAUAGUUUUUACGGGCAUCCGGAUUUCGGCGGCUGCAAACCAUGUCCUUGCCCACAGACGGACAAACGAUUCUCUAACACUUGCAUGGUUCGCGCUGACACCGAGCCAAUAUGUGUCUGUAAACCUGGUUACAAGGGCAGAAAAUGCGAGCAAUGCUCGUACGGUUACUAUGGGUUCCCGGGUCUGCCUGAAGGAAAAUGCAUACCAUGCAAUUGCAACCCUGCCGGUAGCUUAAACGAUGAAUGCGACACGGAAACGGGACAAUGCAGAUGCAGAGUCGGUUCCACAGGACGGGAUUGCUCCCAGUGCACUGCCCAUCGACACGUUUUCAUAAACAACGUUUGCACUUCAUGCAACGACAAUUGCACCGGUGUGUUGCUCGAUACUGUGGCGGAACUUUCCCUAAACUUGGCAGACGGCACCACUCACAUAGCCGAUGGUUAUAUUCCCCCACCAUGGGAAGAUUUAUCAUACAUCGAUUCCAAUACUACCGCAUUUUUCGAAGAAAUAGACCAUCAGAAUAAAUUGAAACUAAGAAUGAAAAACAUCCCGUGGCACGAGUACAAGAAACUAAUGAAACAUACUGAAACGUUGCUCAGAACCGCAAACGAGCAAGCAAAACGCGCGGAUACUUUAAAAUCGAAAAGCGACGAUUUAGAGAACAAUAUAUUCAGCGCAAAAAUUGAAGCGGAAAAUUUGCGAACACACAUUGAAGGAACAGUUAUGCAAUUGUCGCAGUACAGCAACGACAACAAAAGGAUAGAAAUCAAGAAAGCUUUGAAAACGGCCAAGAUGAUUUUAAACGGUUUGAAAACCGUCAAUUUGACGAAGAAGACGAUGGAAAUAGAAAGCUUCCUCGAGGACGUAGACGAAUAUACCGGGUCGUUGAAUUCUUUGUACGAUGCGACAGAACCUGUAGCAAUAGCUCGCGACAACGCGGAAGAAUAUUCCGUGAAACUGAACGACAUGAGAAAGAUCAUAGAAGACACCAUGGAGAUACUCUUCAAUUAUGACAGUCUAUACAACGAUAUAAACCAUACUUUCGUGGAAUCUAAAAACGAUUGCAACAAGAUAAAUGUUCUAAGCAACGAAAUCAACGAAUCGAUUGCAACGGGUGAAAAGCUGACGGAUGAAACGCGAGGUUUCAUCGUCGACAUGCAAAAUAAUUUCCAAGAUCUCCCAGAAUUGCAAAACAAAUUGACGUACUGGUUUGAAAAAUUGAGCAUGAAGGAAGAAUUAUUGUACAGAUUAAAUUACGAAUACAACGACAAGUACGUGGUGCCCGCCGUACAGCACGCAAAAAACCUGUCGAACUAUGUCGAUCAGUAUGUCAGUCUGUUUUCCGAGACGAGAGACAUUGCAGCCAGCCCGCUGAAGGCCAGUCAAGCGUACAAGAAUAUCGCCGAUAGCAUUAGAGCUGCAACUGUCACCGCAAUGGCAGCUAAAGAUCUGACAGAAGAUAUAUACAAUAAGACGUUUCCCAACGGGCCCGAAUCGAAGUCGCUCUUGGACAGCGCGAAGGAAAUAUCGAUGGCGUCGUCUGAGCAGCUGGACAGCGCGGAAAAACACGGAAAAUUGGUGGAAAAUGCAAACGACGAGAUGGAAGUCCAAAAGGAAGCUGUGAACGUUUUGAAACACACUUUGAACAACACUGGAAUCAGAGACAAUCGUAUCAACGUAGAUUUGAGAAACUUGCAAGAUGACAGCAAAAAAUUGCGUGAAAAUAUUCAAAUCGUGUUGAACGAUAACGAUCAAGUAUCGGAGGAUAUACAAGACACGCAAAAGCUAAUCGACGAUUACACUGAUGGCAUCGCGAACAGAUUGAAGCCAAAACUCUACGAACUGAAGAGAGAAGGCGACUCGAAAAUCAGUUUAGCCAGUGAGAAACUGACGGAAGCACUGAGCAACAUUAAAAAGGCGGACGCGAAAUUGAUAAGCUUGUCGAACGCUGCUGUGAAGAGAAAGAAUGCGUUCGACAAGUGGAACGAUACUUUGGCUUCCCAGUUGCAGAAUCUGAAAGACAAAAUCGCUGAAGCCAGGAACACCGCCGACGGGAUUCGAGUUUCCUUGAAAUCAGCGGACGGGAAAGAGUGCAUCCGGUCGUACAGACCGUCUACGUUGCAGCCAACAUCGACGAACACUAUCGUGAUGACCUUUGCACUUCCGAAAGGUCGAAAAGAGGGUUCCUUGUUCUAUCUACCGAGCAGUAUAAACGAUGACUUCAUUGCUUUGGAGAUCAACGACAGGAAAGUUCGAUUCGUUUGGAACGUCGGCGGAGGCACAGGGUUCCUCACCCACCCGGAAGUGAUCGAGAGCGGCGAUUUCCAGGACGAUAAAUCCUGGUACCGCAUCGAGGCAGAAAGGGUCCGACACAUAGGUAAACUGCAAGUACGAAAGCAGGCGACGACAUCCGGCGGAUAUCUGCCCGUGAAGAAUUCUACGGACUCAGAAUACGGUCGUUUCGACAUCACAACGUCCGAUCGCGUGUGGAUUGGAGGAAUCCCAAAGUUUCAACGAAGAAGAGCAGAGUUAAUCGCGACAAACGGACUGCCAGGUUGCAUCCACCAGGUUGUCCUGGACGGGAAGCCUAUAGGCCUUUGGAAUUUCAUUACAACUGCACCGGAUAUGGCGUGCAGAGCAUGCGUGGAGGGGGUGGAAGAUGCCAGGGACGAUAUAGCUUACAGUUUUAAUGGAGAAGGUUAUGCAGUUAGGAGCAGGGUUUCAUCAGGACCGUACAAUAAAUACACCUUCGGAGUCUCCAUCAAUUUCCGAACCUACGAUGAGAAUGCUUUGCUGUUCCUAGCCAUCAAUCCACUCAAUAACCAGUACAUCAUGAUAUUCCUGCGGGAGGGAAAGGUGAUCCUGCACGUCGGUUACGGCGGGAACGUGAGCAUGGAAAUGUCCUCGAAGCACAAGUACAAUACCGGGAACUGGACGAAAGUGGACGCGUUCAGGCAGUACCAGCUACGGAAAAAUAUAGAGAAGUGCAGCUUGAGCGUGGGCGGAGAGGCGGACAAAAGGAUCGGCGCGCCCACGCCUCAGCCCAAAAAGGAGGAUAUCCCUGACCUGGUUCAAGCUAAAUAUUACAUCGGUGGAAUACCGCCGAGUUUUCGCGCGGAGAAAUUAAUGCUGCCUUCUCAGGUGUCCUUCCUCGGAUGUAUGUCCAAUAUUAACAUCCAGGAGGGAUACGAUCCAAUGGCGGAACAGUACUAUGGCGUCGAGCCUACUUGCGGAAAUAAACCAUUAAAAAUAGUUGGAUUCUACGGGAAUGGACACUUGGAACAUUCGCCAUACACGCUGCGUAAAAUAAACUCCGUGGUGAGCUUCUCUUUCAGAACGAUGCAGGAAGAAGCUGUGCUUCUUCUUUCCACGUUCGAGGGACAAGAAGAACGAAUGAACAAUAUACGCCAUGCAAACGAAGAGUCGAAUAGAGAAAAUUAUUACUCGGUGUGUGUAACUAACGGGCAAGUGCAAGUGAGAUUGAACGCCGGGAAAGGGGAACUCGUUUUGCAAUCGAACGACACUUUCAACGAUGGAAGAUAUCAUUCUGUAACAAUUAUCAAACGAAGAAAGGACGUUGCAUUACGAAUAGACGACGCUUUCCAAAGCACAGGGAGAUUGCCUACGAGUGCCGCCAUUAAAGCUCCCGAAGGAGGCGGAGGAUUAUUCUUUGGAGGCCUGCCAGUACUUAUUAACAAUACUAAAAUGAUCGCUACAACCACUCCUUUGUACGGCGCCAUCAAGGACGCAAUAUUUAACGACGAAAUCAUUCGAUUCGACGAGGUGGUCAGUUUCGAGCACGCGCUAAUUGGUCGUCCUGGGCCAAGUAUGGGAAAAGAUAUCCCUGUUUAUACUCUGUCUGCAUCCUUAUCGAGAGGAAUGUCCACGGAACCGGAAGGAUGUCAAAAAGUGCCGUAUUAUUCCUUGGAGCCCGGGGCUCUGAAAUUCGGGGACAAGCCAAAUAGCCACACUCAGCUUUAUUUAAAUUUUAAAAAAUUCUGGGAGAAGAAAUACGCGAUAGAAUUUGACUUCAGGACGUACUAUCCGAACGGCCUGCUGUUUAUUACUCCAGGCCUCAGACCAAAGCAUUAUCUUAUGAUAGUGAUUCGGGACGGGCAGCUGUUGCUUCUGGUGAAAAGUAAACAGAAGAAGGAGAUACUGUUUAAAACACCGUUCAACGAUGGUAAUUGGCACCACGUGGUGAUCAGUCACGACGAAAGAAAACUAACGUUGCUCGUCGAUUCCCAAACUCCUCGCACGAUUAAAGUACCAAGAAAAAUCGGAUUGGCGUCCAUGAUGUACAUAGGAGGACUUCCUGAAAGCGGGACACCUAUUCCCGAGCAGGUUGUGGUCAAACUUGAAACGCUAAAAGGGUGCAUCAGAGGUUUGAGGGUAAAUGGAAACGUGUACGAUAUGGUGGGUUCCACGAGCAGAGCUUACCAAGUGGGCCAGUGCUUCCCAAACGUCGAAAGUGGGGCCUAUUUUCAAGACGUAGCCUAUGCAAUAUACAAGAAGAAUUUCGAAUUAGGAGCCGUGUUGGAGCUUCAGUUCGAAUUCAGAACAUCGGAACUAUCGGGCGUUUUGCUUACCAUAACGGCGCCCGGUAAUUCGCCAUCAUUAUCGUUGGAAUUGAACAAUGGUAAAGUGAUUAUGUCAGGCGAUUUGGGAGAUAACAAUCCAUUGUACGUGGAGCAACGUUUUACUAGUCCAUACACGAUUUGUGACAACCGAUGGCACAAAAUACGGGCGGUUUACAACGACGAAGAAUUGACGCUCAAAGUCGACGAGAUGGAUCAAAUAUAUGGGCUUCCGGCCAACGUCAAUUAUCAUAUAAUGGACUCUACAGUCUCUGGACCUCUGUACAUCGGUGGCUUGCCAGGCUCAGCUCCCAAAGGAACGUUAAUAACAAGAGACCACUUCAACGGAUGCAUAAGAAACGUGAUGAUCGGGGGGGAGAGACGCGAUUGGACAGACAUGGACGAGUUGCAUAAUAUUCAUUUGAGCUCCUGCCCAGUACAAUAAUGAUCAGUACAACACGUGAACUCUGAGUCGUUAAAUUUAGUUCCAAAGACUGUUCAAAGGACGAGCACAGUGCUUGAAAUGUUUUCCGUGAACUGUAUACAAUGCAACAGCACACUUGGAGUGCCAUAUCGCGAUGGUAAAUCUGUAAUCGUUAAGACUAAACCAAGCCAAAAGAUGCUAACAUACGAACCGUGUAAAAUGUCUACGUCCGUGUGUUUCUCAAACUUGUUUUUCACGGCAGAACGUCUGGUCUCGUAGCAACAGAUACCCGGGGCGAAACUUGCGACCAGUUAUCCGGGAGUCCUGCAAACGCUGGGGGUUAUUUAUAUUAUCAUUGGAAACGACAUUUUUGUAAAAAUGGAAGCGCUAUGAAUGCAAUGUAAAAAGACGAAUCGAUAGCAACUACUAAUUUGUACAUACGACAGACAACGCUUUUAAUUAAAACUUACGCAGUAAUUAACUUUAUUGAAAAUAAACGAGAAACAUUGUACUUUCUACCAUUGCAAAUUGACUAACACCGGCUAUAUCAUGAAAUUCGAGAACCAUUGACGAAGUACUAACGUAAAAUAGAAAUAAUUCGUUGCUCUUCAUAUUGCCAUUCCAAUAGAUACUUUAAUGAUAAUAAUAUUUAUAAAAGUACUCUGAAGAUCUUGUAUUUUACAUAUAUCUCCGCAUUCUACUAAAUCUUGCGACGUACAACAUAGUACAAACUUGAAAUAUAUACAUAAAAAAAAAAAAGAAACACUGUUCGAUAAAAGUCUCGAGAAGCGAAACGUAAUAAAUAGUAAAGAUGGAAGUAGUGAUUCGUCGUUAGAAUAAUUUUCCGAUGGCGCGUAUAUUUUUUAUUUGCGAGGCAUAGUUUGAGAAACGACUUUUCUCGUGAACAAAUUAUGGCACAUAUUCGCGUCCGAUCGUAUCGUAAAACAAACAUACAUGUAAGUAGCAAGAUCACUGCCAUAUAUAGUUUAAUUGUAACUCACCUGUAAGUCAUGAAACAAUGUACAUCAGUAUUUAAUGCUAUUUAUUGUCGUUAAUCGUAAGUGCAACGGGCGACUUCGAUCGAGAGCCAGUGUGCGUUGGCUCGAUCAAAACCGCGUAUUAAAAUGAAAUUAUUUUGUACUUUUGUAGCAAUAGUAAGGUAUCGAUCUAAUAUUUAAGGCGAUUCGAAACACGGGAGAAAGUCAAUAGCCUUGUAAAGUGUCCUUAAGUUGUACGUGUAGGGAGAAAUGUUCUUCACAAAAAUACUUUUAAUAUUUAUGUCUAGUAUUUUUUCUUAUUCGUUGAAUUGUAAUAUAUUAUACAUACGCAGAAAAAAUUAACAAUGACGCCUCCGCUAUUGUGUAUAAAAUAUAUAACAAUGAGAAAGUAUGGUCGUCUAAUUUACCCUCUUCUGUACUCCAAAAAUUUAUGUACAUUAACAUUACAGCCCAAUAAUACGAAUAAUACACUUAGUUCGAUAUAUUAUCGUUCGCAGAAGAAUAAAAGUCUAUUGCAAAGUAGGUUAUUAAAUUUUAUUGAUGACUGCAAGAUGCUAACAGUAAAAUAUGACCGAAAUUUACUUGACGUACUCAAUAAAUAUAUAUCAUCGAGUGGUAGUUUUCAUUUAUGCGUAUAUAAAAACAUAAUAUUUACAGACAUGGAUAAAUCGAACAUUUAUGAUUUUACGAAGUUUCAGUUUCCGUUUUCCUUGCGAUAAUAAAAAUGAAGGAUUGUUACAUAAAAGGUAAUCGUUUAUUAUUAGUAAGCGCGAUUAUUUAUAUUCCAUUCGUAUCUCUGUCUUUGUUUCAUUAUUUAUCACGCCGGUGCCAGCUCACUAAUAAUAUUCUCUGCUUCGAAAAAUAUAAAUAUCAAGCACAAGCAACCACUUUUCCACCCACAGUUAACACAUCCUUUUCUUAAACUUUGUGUUCGAUCCCAUCUCAAGCCCGAUACUCUCCUCGUUGACCCUUAAGAUUAGUGACUACAUCGUUAUCAUAAUUUUUUUUCCCCCCAUUCACUGUACUCGACUUACCACGUCUCACAAUUCAUCUUAUGGCGUUUUUACUUCACGUUCAAUAUUGUCAAGUCGGACUGUUUCAAGGUUUUGAAGCUCGCGAAAAUUUUUCUAUCCACCAUAUUUCACGACGAUAGUUUACAAUAGACGAGAAUAGAAUAAUGAACUUUUUCUUUGGAUACUAUAAUCGACGGAUUUUUUUUUAAAUUUCCUUUUACCCCAAGUCUCGUGCACCGAGGCUAUCGAAAUAAUUCGGGACGAUCGAACCAAGUUUUGUCGUUGCGAAUUAAAAAUAUAUUUUCCGCGAUUAAUCAUGGAGAACAUGAAAUUCGAUAUGUUAAUUACUUAGUAAUAAUCAAUACGGUUGUGUGUUACGCCAUUGCAGAAUAUAGGGGGUCUAAAGUGAACCGAUUCUUUUUUUUCUUUUUCGUUAUUUUUUUUCUCUUUAACAUCAUUGCUCGAAAUUCCAUGCACAUGCCCGCCAAGAUAAAAUACGAAAAUUAUUAAACCUUACGAUAUAACUUAAUUAAACGAACGAACAGAAUGAAAAUUCUACAAUGGACAGACCCUCCAUAUUUCUGUACAAAAAUGUAUUUCUAUCUAUUACUAUCCAUUCGUCCUAUUAGCAUAUUACGACAAACGAAUUGUAUAUACGUUAAAAAGAUCGAAUUGUCAAGAUGGAAGGUCAGUGCCAAUCCCACACGAAGGGCGGACAUUAAAUUUAUGGCACAAUAAAUAGUUCUUCCGUUACAUUAUUAUGCUAAUUAUUCAUCAUGUACAGUACGGGGGCCGCAUUAUUACGUUCGCUUGAAAUUGGACUGACACGUUCCAUUAGGAAAUAAGAACCAUACUAAAAGGGAGCAAUUUACAUCUGAAAAUAAAUCCAUGCUGCCGUCAAAACUCGUAAAGGGGACUGCCCAACUCAUCAAACCGGUCAGACUUUAGUCCGCUUCGUUAAAAUUUACGCUAAGACGUUCAUAAAUAAAUUGCUAACACGCCGCCAGGGGUUGCGAGGAAUGCAGACACGUUUGAUUAAAAUCGCAUUUUAGGCCCGGGAAAUUUAACGGUGUAAAUUCCAUGCCAUCUGCUUUCCUCUUACAAACAGAAAACGAUACAAGAUUUCGUACGGUCUCGUAUGUCACAAAAAGAUAAGUAUGUAAUGCGCGCAGGAAAUAGAACAAUUCGAUCGAAAAUCUCACACCAGUUGCCAUAUUUACGCUCCUCGACAAUAUCUUUCCCUCGGAGAUUUUAAUUUUGGUACUGUUUGGUACGGUCCCAUUCUCUCCUCUCAAAUCCUUGCGAUUUCUAUAUUCACGCUUCACAAAACUCAAACAAUUGAAAUCAACGCAGCGUAUUAUAAAUUAUCACGUACCUACACAGUAAUAAAAAAAAAAGAAAAUCAUCCUCGCACAUCGAUUACAUUCGGAUUGAUCUUAAGGCUGAUUUGGUAUUCUCUUCCACUAAUCAAAAUCAACUUAUUUAUGUACAUAUCCACUUUUGUCCGUGAGCUGGUUCUUCUUACUCGACGAAUUACACUAUUCAGGAUGUAGAGAAACUAUAGGUUCAAAUUUUAGGGUUGAUAGAAGUCGUCAGACGGCACCAAACGAUUUUUAAAAAAUAUCGUUUCGAACACAUUCUGUUUUCUAAUUUCGAAGGCAACAGUUCUGGUUAAUAGUUGGAUUAAUACUGUUUGAGUACUGGAGUUUUAUUCCGUAUUAUUUAAAUUUUUUCUAGACAAUCUAACCUCGAAAAUUCGACGUAUCGAUUAAUUUUAAAAUGGAUAUAGAUAUAUAUAUCUGUAAUAGUUUACAAUACGAAUUAAUUUCCAUAACCUCCAAAACCAGAUUUAACAAAGAAAUUUGUCCAAUCACAGUUCACAAUUAUCGUUCACAACGAAUUUUUUGCUAAUAUGUUUAUUAUGGCGUUUUCGUUUCUCCUACUGUGCUCCACUGAUCCCUAAGUUCUUACCUAUAGUUUGCUCCGAGCCUGUAUAUUCUGUUGCAACUGUCAACAGUUACGAGGAAUCAUUAAUUAGCCUUACAUAGCGACAGUGACACACACUACAAUUCAAGGAAUUCAAAAUAAUUUUGAGCUUGAAAAAAUUUAAUAAAAAACCGUAGAACUUACGAUGCUAAAGCAGAAAAUUUAACGCACAGCGAAUUUUUUGCUAUUCGCUGUUCUAUUAGAAAUUAAUGAAAUAGAAAAAUCGCAUCGAAUAUUUAAAUCUUUCACUCUGUCAGAAACGAUCCUCCGUUUGCGUUUGGCGAUCGAUCGAUAAAAGACAACUACGAUAAUAAUAAUUAAGAAAUUUUUUAAUUAACGCGUGUGCGAAUUACGUAACAUUCAUGAAAGCCCUGCCUCUCAUAGCGAAAAAAAAAGAAUAUAAGAAAUAUAA